GUAAGAUCAGCCUCUCCCUAUCUUUCAGCACAGCAAGCCAGAUCUACGUAUCUGUUUCCAAGAAACGGUUUAGUAAUGAAUCAAAACAACAGAAAAAGUAAUUUUUACCCAAUAAUUUGUUGCUUACUGAUAACGUGGUUAUUCAUAUAUACAAGUAACGCCCAACUCACAUUCUCGAAGGGCUGGAAGAUUGGAAAACGAACCGAAGAUGAACCGGAUUCCCAAAUCAAAAUAUCAGCAAAUGCGAUUUGUCAUUUCCUUGUGAGCCAAAUUCGACAAAUGUCUGCCUGCAACAACAACCACCCGAAUAAUGAUUUAGAAAAUAUCAUUAAUGAACAGCUCUGACAACCGCAUUAAGACUUGAAUUUUGAAAAAUCGCAAUGAUUGUACCCAUGUUUCCUCCAACAAAAGUAAUUGAAAGGUAUCAACAGUGCUAAUUUUUUAAAAUAAUGGCUGGAUUAUGUAUUUUUCAAGUUUUUAAGUAGGUAAUAUUAUAUACAAACAUGUUAAUGUUCAAAUAGGGAAAUCGUACAAUUGGUCCAGAGAAAUAAGAUUUUUCUCGUGAAACAUCCCCCUCCAGGCCGAAACCAAAUUUUUUAAGUUUUAAUAGGCCUAUAUUAAUAAUCAGAUCUGAUAAUUUCAGAUCUGAAGAACUACAGACCUAUUAGUUUGCUCUCCCAUACAUACAAACUAUUCAUGAAGAUAAUAACAAAACGGCUUGUGAACAAACUGGAUAGUUACCAACCUUGUGAACAGGCUGGGUUCCGCUCCAGAUACGGAACAAACGAUCAUCUACAAGUUAUAAAAACGCUAAUAGAAAAGUGCACAGAGUAUAACAAGCCUAUCUUUCUUAUAUUCGUGGAUUAUGAAAAGGCGUUCGAUACUAUAGAUCAUCAUAAAAUGCUUCGAGCAUUGGCGGACUGCCGCAUUGACUACCGAUAUAUCGCCUUGAUUAAAAGUAUCUACGAAACUGGUACAGCUUGUGUUCGACUUCAUGAAGAUACCAAGAAAUUUAGAAUAGAACGUGGAAUUAGACAGGGUGAUACUAUCUCCCCGAAAUUGUUUACAGCUGUUCUUGAAUAUAUGUUCAAGCAAAUGGAAGGAGAGGAUAAUAUGGGAAUCAAUAUAAACGGGGAGGAUCUGAACCACCUAAGAUUUGCCGAUGACAUCGUUUUAAUAUCUGAUAGAGUUGAUAAAGCUACAAAAAUGCUGCACACGCUCUAUAAAGUGUCAAAAACAAUUGGUCUUAAAAUUAACACCUCAAAGACAAAAUUUAUGACCAACCUUGUAGUCAGCGAUAAAAUUCAGAUUGGGAGUCAUAGCAUCGACCAAGUAAUAGCUUACAAAUAUCUAAGACAUGAGAUUCGCUUAGGCCGAGAUAACCAGACAACUGAAAUACAAAGAAGGAUAGGUCUUACAUGGGCUGCCUUCGGUAGAUUAAAUAACAUUUUCAAGUCUAAUAUUCCAGUUUGUUUAAAAAGAAAGGUCUUUGACCAGUGUGUUUUGCCGGUUCUUACAUAUGGUGCAGAAACACUAACUCUGACAAAAAGAACA